UAUUAUUAUUUUUUCCUUUUUUUACUUUUGAAAGAUCGUCAAAUUAAUUAUUGAAUAUGAACAAUUUCCCCAUGAUGGCUUACGUUAUACUGUCUAGCACUCGAAUAGUCGAGCGCGCUGUCCUCUGACAGCUCUUGUUAGGUCACUAGGUCAAAGGUCAAGGUCACAGUGACUCGAAAUAGUACAAUGGUUUCAGGAUGAUAACUUACAUUAGGUCAAAGGUCAAGGUCACAGUAACAAAAAACGUAUUCACACAAUGGCUGCCACUACAACUGACAGCCCAUAUGGGGGGCAUGCAUGUUUUACAAAAAGCCCUUGUUAUGUUUAGAGAUUCUUCUACAUUUUGUAAUAGAUGUACACAACUUACACGUUUCUACAUAUUAUUCACUAUUAUUCACUUGUUAAGAUCAGUUUAAUAUUUCAGUUAUUUAUUUAUAAGUCUAUUAUUUGAUACCUGCAUAAGUUAUACAACACAAUAUUCAUGUGUGCAGUGAAUGUACUGCAGCAUUUUAGAAGAAAUCAAAACCAUAUCAGAUUUGUACUUGUUGUUUUGCAAAAAGCAGGCAUAGUGUUUUAUAAUAAAUAUUUGUUUCGUUAUUUAUUUUUGUUAGUGAUUUUGUAUUCAACACCAAUUGUACAAUAUGUAUUUGUUUAGGUUUAAAAUUUCAUAUUGUUAAUGACUUUCUGGUGUAUAUAUUGUAGUAUAGUAAAACUCCAGUGUAUGGUUUCCCCGUGAGAAAUAAUCUGUGUUUUCAAGCUACACGUAUAUUGUUCAAAGUAAAAAUAUUAUUUGUGACGUUAUGUAACUGAAUUUGCAUGAUGAUGUAACACAAAAAUCAUCCCAGUUUAAAACAGUAUUGAAUCACAUGGGGCAUGCUGAGAAUAUAAUAUUUAUUUAAUACUGAUUGUAAUUUGAAUUAUAUUUAAGUAUCGUCUAAUAUAGAGGUUAAAGCAUUUCCAUACGUGACCAGACGGAGAACACCCCGAGACAGAACGAGCACUGCUUGAGAAACUUUGAUCUCUCUUUGAACAGAGAGGUAUUAAGUGACCUUUCUGUGUGGAUAUAUCAGACGUUGAUCAAAAACAUGGAAGCAACUAUACAGCCGUCUAUAGUGCCUGCAGUUCUGGAACACGAGGCCAUCGCUGGAUUGACGGGGAGAAGACUGAGAGGUAGACGUUUUAGUAGAGCACAGGAUACGCCCGAAUACUCACUGGACAGUCUCAUGAAAUAUAUGAACCUGGUCUUAGGGGUGCUCACGCAGCAUGCAGUGGACCAUGAAGUGAUCAAGCAGAUCUUCAGACAGGUCUACUACUUCCUGGGAGCCAGCGCCCUUACCAACCUCCUUCUGAGGAAGGACAUGUGCAACUCGUCCAAGGGAAUGCAAAUCCGAUACAACCUGUCCCACAUGGAGCAGUGGUUGCGUGACAACAAGCUGCAGGAGUCCGGUGCUGGUUCCAGUUUAGAGCCGAUCAUCCACGCCUCCCAGCUGCUGUAUGCCCGUUAGACGGACGCAGACGUAGACAAUGUGUGUGAAAUGUGCUCCAAACUCACAGUAACACAGAUUGUUAAGAGUCUGAAACUCUACACGCCCGUGGAUGUGUUUGAGGAACCUGUUCCAAUCUCGUACAUCCGAAAGAUCGAGCAGAAGUUAAAGGAAAGGGAGAGCACUGAUAACUCGCUCCUCAUGGACCUCAAAUACUCAUACUCAGUUACCUUCCCUUUCAACGCUUCUAGUAUCGCCCUGGAGACCAUUAAAGUGCCACAACAGCUUAAUAUAGCAAAACUGGUUGUAAGGUGUUAGCUGUAGCCUGGGUACACUCCUUGGGCAACUUUUUAUUGUAUUAAAUGUAUAUUAUAUUCUGCCAAACGUCACAACAUUUUUAAGUUUCUACAAAUGUAACGUACUAAUGGAUAUGGUGUUCGGUGUAUUUUUAUGUUUAGAGAUUCUUCUACCUGUUUUACUAAAUGUUAUCAUCUUACGUUUUUCUACAUAUAAUACACUUGUUUCACUGUUUAAGUUCAGUUAAAUAUAUCAGGUAUUUAUUUAUCAGUUUAUUAUUUGAUAGCUGCAUAAGUUAUACAACACAAUAUUCAUGUGUGCAGUGAAUGUACUGCAGCAUUUUAGAAGAAAUCAAAACCAUAUCUGAUUUGUUUAUAAGCAAAUGUUUUGUCAUAGCCAGCUCGUCGUGUCCGUCGUCGUGUCCGUCGUCGUCCGCGUCGUGCUAAAACAUUUUGUUGAGGUUUUGAACAUUGGCUCUAAUAUCAAAGUUCCUCAAUCUACAACUUUGAAACUUCAUAUGUAGCUGCACCUUGAUGAGUUCUACAUUCCACAUCCAUUUUUGGGUCACUAGGUUAAAUGGCAAGGUCACUGUUACCUCUAAAAAGAAUUAUGACAAGCUUUCAUUUAUUCAAACUGCACCUGCUGCCGAGCUAGGAACCCGUUAUGCGGUGCUCUUGUUUGCAAAAAGCAGGCUUAGUGUUUGUAUGCCCCGAAGUAAGGCAUAGAAGGAGGACAUAUAGUGAUCGGACUGUCGGUCUGUAUGUCCGUUUGUCUGUCCGUCAAACUUUGCGUUUAGGUUUUGAAAAAUGCUUAUUACUUCUAUGUCACUUCAGAAAGCAACUUGAUAUUAAGCAUGCAUGUGUAUCUCAUGAAACUGCACAUUUUGAGUGGUGAAAGGUCAAGGUCAUCCUCCAAGGUCAAAGGUCAAGAAAACAAAUCCAAGGGAAGUAUUUAGCUUCAAAGGGAGAUAAUUAUCUGUACCUGCCAAAUGAUAUUUUUGUUUUAUUAAUCAAAGCGGAGAAGUAUUGUGUGGGGGCAUUGUGUUUCUGACAAACACAUCUCUUGUUUGUAAUAACAUUUGUUAAUGUAAUCUAUUUUUGUUAGUAAUUUUGUAUUCAACACCAAAUGAACAAUGUGUAUUUGUUUAGGUUUAAAAUUCCAUAUUGUUUAUGACUUUCCAGUGGGUGUUUAUAUUUUAGUAUAGUAAAACUCAAGUGUAUGGUUUCCCCAUGAUACAUAAUAUGUAUGUUCAAGGUACACAUAUGUUGUUCAAAGUGAAGAUAUUAUUUGUGACGCUAUCUAACUGAACUUUCAUGAUUCAUGAGACAUGCUGAGCAUAUCCUAUAUUUAUUUAAUACUGAUUAUAAUUAAAAUUAUAUUACAUUAUCGUCUUAUAUAGAGUCUAAAGCAUUUCCAUACAUGACCUGGCCAUAUAUGGUCAAUGAUUGCCUACUAGUCAAGCAUGUCAUUAUGUGUUGAAUAUAUGGCAGUGUGGCAUGUCCUAUAGCAAGCAUCUAUUCCAAAAUAUUUAAUUAAUUUAAAUACAUGUAGUACAUUCUUUGAUGAAAUAUCUUAUUGCUCACCAAGCCGCAUGUGAGAAUCAUGACAUACAUUUACUUAUGAAUGGUUUGUUCCCAUCAUCUAUUAGUACAUUUUCUAGCAAGUGUAUCACUUAGAAAGGUUGAUAUUUUAUGUCACAUUUCGAUUAUCAAUCAUUCCAGAUGUAUUGAAAUACAAAUCUGAAAUAUAUUGUUAAACUGGGUAAAAUGUGAUGGUCUAGAAGUAAAAUGUAAUAUAAAGUUACACGGAACGGAAUAAAAUCUGAUCUGUGAACAUGCUCUACAAUAUUAACGUUUUUAUACUUUGAUAUGCAUUUAGUAUUGUGUAGAUAAUAAUGAUUUGUUGUGCACCGUGUUUUAGAAUGUUAUGUAUGUUGCUAUUCUGCAGCAUUUGAUAUAUGUAUAGGAAAUGACAAUGUGAACUAUUGGAUGGUGUUACCAACAUAUGAUGUAUAACAUGCAUUGACACCUGUUUUAAAACGUUCCUUAUGUUAUAAAGCCAUUAUGAUAAUUCCUAUCUUAAACUUAUUUUUGAUAAUAUGUUGAAUGUUUUCAGUGACUAACUUUUUAUUCACUGACACAUUUGGUAUAGUUAUGUUUUCCUAAUGGCAUUAAAAACGUAUAAUGGCAUGAGAUAUGUGAACACUUUUUUUUAAUUUAUCAGCAAUUUUUGUAGAAAGUUUCUUGUUUCAACAGAGUGAUCAUGGCUCUUACACUUGUGAACACUUUAUACCAUGUUUUUUAUAACUUCAGAAUAAUUAUUAAAAUUCCUAAAAAUUAAAUGCAAUGAUAACUUGUGUUAGUUCCUAUAUACACAGUAUUAAUUUAGUUUGCUGUGAUUGGUGGACCGUUGUCUCAGGUUGCGUUUGUAAGAUAUUUGAAAGGUAAAAGCGACAUUUGUCCUGGUUCCUUCUUUUUUUGAAGAUAUCAACAUGUUUUGUUUUGGUUCCCAGCAUGUUUGUGAUGUUUCAUCAUGUGUUUCAUUUUAAGCUCACCUGUGUGCAAAGUUCACAUGGUAAGCUCUUUGAACAACGUUGUGCACAUCCUGUGUUAUAUGUUAACUGUUCAUCCUAAACGUUUCGGCAGAUUUUCACGAUAUUUUACACAAAUGAUUUUUCAAAGCUGUUCAAAUCGUUCAAGUCAAUUGCAUAUGUAGGUCACUUAAACUUAAAAUGUAAUUAUUUUUAUUCUGAAAUGCAUAGGUUAGGAGUCAUAUAUUUUGUGUGAAAAAACUUUACAGAAUAGCCUUCUAAUGCGUUUGUUCAAAUCAUGCCAUAGGGAUUAAAACUGACCAGGCCCCAGGGUUUACAUGAUUUAUAUAGUUUUCUAUUGUGAACAGCUUAAACAGCUCAGACACCAUAAUGCACAGAGGUUUUCUAUUUGAGAUACAACAUCGUAUGGUAGUCUGUCUCAAAUAUCGUGCAAAUCAUGCCCCUGGAGUCAAAAGCGUCACGCCACGGGGUUCACAUUAUUGUUAGUCUUUUAUUGUGGCAUUAGAUUGAAAGUUUUAUCUUGAAGAACAAUUUCAAGAGGUGUACUAUUGACCACGAAACAUGAUAUAGUUGUCCUUUACAAAGAGUGCUCAAACCAUGUCCCUGGGUUUGAAACUGACAAUGCCCCAUUACACAGGUGGGCGAUCUACGGACAUUUUAGCCCUGUUGUUUAAUUGAUUUUCAAGUUAAAUUUCCUAUACAAAUGUGAUACAAUGUAUGUUAAUUAAAGCAAUCAAAGCCCAUCUAUUGUUAUUGUAUAAAAGUUUGUUAAAACGUUUUGUUGCUUUUGAUUAUAGCAAGAAAUCCAUUGAGUGCCUGAAUGUUCCUGUUUACAAAACAAUAUUAUUAUCACUAGCUUGAGGCUAUGCAUACUUAUGUUAUGGUUAUAAGUGCAGCCGUUCCAUCGUUAAGGAAUAAUUGUAUCCCGUAGUGCCUUUUGCAACUCUACUCCACCAUCCUUUGACACGGUAUAUGCAUAUAUUUGUAUAACACACACGAAUAACGUUAUUUGGAUAUAUGUUAAAUUUUACCGUGUUUUGUCUCUUUUCAAUAUAUAUCAUAUGUUAUGGUUUUGCAAUUACUAUAGCAUUUGUUACGUGUUUAGAGUUAAUGGCAAUAGUUAUACAAAUGCGCAAUGUUGCGUUUUUGUUAAAUAGUAUUGUACAUGUAUUGUACAUUACGCCACAUGCAAAGCCAAGUUUUUAUGUAUUUUUUUUUGCUGGAUUUUGUUUGAAACAGAAUUAAAAUUCGAAUGCUUA